GCAAGAAAAAGUACUAACGCAGAGAAGAAAUUGUUCCUAAGGCUCUUGCCCCGAACCUUAGCCACCAAGACACCUCAGGGUGGUUGGCAUUCUGUUGAUUUUGAAGGCUUGUUGUUUGGCCCAUCACUUCCUUUACAUGUAUUUUCUUUCAAAUGUACAGCAAUGUACAGGCGAGAUAGGAUUUGAUGUGGCGGCCUCGUUUUCAAACCCGGAAGCAAUUUUAUAUGCAGUGCCGAUUGUAAAUUAAUCGUCGAAUAGACAAAUAACUUACAGUGUGCUUCAAAAAAAUGCUUUGCGAAUAUUGCUCAAGCUUGGCAAUCGGGGAGGUUUGACAUUUAAUUCAAAUCAAUGGACAAUAUAUAUCAGACCAUCACUUGGGAACUGCCCCCCCCCCCCAGCAGAGUGCUGAGUCACCUGGGUGGUGUGACCAGUUGUAUAUCCCCUAUCAAUAUCUAAGGGUUAUGUAUCUCAAACUAGAAAUCUUCAACACUCAUAACAAUAUUAGGUAGGACUUUAUUAUCCAAGGGUACCGAAUUUCGCCAUUGCAAAGUUUUUUUGCCCAUAAUUUUGUUGCAAAUAGCGCCCCAUAGAAUCAAGCCAGCUGAUAAGAAAGUAACAACAUAACCAGCAUGACCAAAUUUGUUGUCAAUAUAUUGCCAAUGUAACACUUUGUCAUCAUGAUUCCCACUCAAAGGUGUAUUCAGAGACUUUGUAUCUCAAAGUUUACCCAAGUUUGGAAGGAAUUGAGCCCAGGAACCCCACGAAUAUUGGUCAACUUUUCCCACUCGGAUUCCAGUGGCAGGGUAGGCCCUCCUCUCUCCGCAUCUGAUCCAGAAGCAGGAGCGGUUGGCGGUUCAUCGGCGGCAUGCUCUGCACCGAUUACCCUUGACGAGGUCAAAGUCCCUGAUGGACGCGACACAUUCAAGGGACUAGAGACCGACUUUCCUUGCCUCAGGAAAAGCCCCUCAGUAGGCCCCGAACCACUGUAUGAGAAGAUAGUCUCAGGAUACAAGAUGUUUCACCACAACCAACCGUUCCAUUUCAAGUACAGCAAUGGCAUCCUACCGGAAUUCAAGAUGGCGUACGAAACGUGGGGCGAACUCAACGAGAUGAAAGACAAUGCCGUUCUGAUAUGGACGGGGCUCUCUGCACACUCGCAUGUGACUAGCCACAAGGAUAAUCCCAAGGAAGGUUGGUGGGAGAAAUUUGUUGGUGAAGGACGUCCGAUCGACACAUCUAAAUUCUUUGUGAUAUGUGCCAACCAUAUUGGAGGCUGCUUUGGUUCGACUGGGCCGUCCAGCAUAAAUCCUAUGACAAAAAAGCCAUAUGCGACCACCUUCCCGAUGCUAUCGGUCGAUGACCUAAUUAAUGCUCAGGUGCUAUUACUCGAACACCUCGGAGUCGAAAAGCUCCAUGGGAGUGUAGGGGCCUCACUAGGGGGCAUGUGUUCACUCGCCAUCGCCGCCAUGUAUCCAGAAAGAGUAUCAAGAACAAUAUCUAUAUCGAGUUGUGCGGCGACCCAUCCAUCUUCCAUCGCUCUCCGCUACCUGCAGCGGCGGACCAUCAUGGCUGAUCCGUUAUGGAAUCGAGGUUACUACUACGACGGCCCCUUCCCGCGGCUUGGAUUGAAAUUAGCAAGGGAAAUAGCAUUUGUGUCGUAUCGCAGUGGCCCGGAAUGGGACCAGCGCUUCGGGCGAAAGAUGAUGGAAGACUAUGAGCAGCCAAACCUCUGUCCAAACUUCCUGAUCGAGAGCUACCUCGACUACCAGGGAGAAAUAUCCUCAGUUAAUUUCGAUCCGAAUUCUUUACUGUAUAUAUCGAAGGCAAUGGACCUCUACGACCUCGCAGAUGGUUUCUCCACGAUGAAGGAGAGUCUGGCAAGAAUCGUUAGUCCCACCAUGGUGAUAGGCGUACAGACUGAUGUCCUCAUCCCUGUACAGCAGCAGCGAAAGUUAGCUAAAAUGCUCAUAGAGGCCGGAAACGACGCCGUGACGUAUUACGAAUUGAACUCCAUCUACGGCCAUGACACGUUCCUGCUGGACUUGGCCAGUGUUGGAACAGCUAUCAAGGGCUUCCUAGAAACGACUGGAAAUAACGAAAAGAACGAUGGCGAGAAGAGGAAAUUCGCACUUCUCGGAUGAUGGAGGACUGAUAAUUUUUGUCCGAUUAUCUAAUCAAAUCUGAAGUCUGCAAAAGUUUCUACAGUGGAACCUCCAUUAGCGGACACCUCUCUAUUAAGGGCAGCACUUGUCAGUCCUGAGGGUGUCCUUAAUAGAAAGAUUCUACUGUAUCAAGUGACAACUAAAGUGCCAGCAGAUGAGUGAUUUUAUUGCUGCGACCAGCAACAAUUAUUGCCAUGAUGAGCAAUAAAAAGAUUGCACCUCUGCAGAAACUGGUUUUGAUAUUGAAUGCAGGUCACAGCAAUCGCUUAUCGUUGCUGGCCAUUCGGUAACCACCACAAAUAAAAGAUUUUAGUUGCCUUUGGGUCAUGAUUGCAGGUUGCUGUUACAAAAAUCGCUAGUUUGUGGGAUGCUUUAUGUAAGAGUGAUAUCAAUAUGCAUCCUAAUGCUUUCUGUGUUCUCCUCACAUAUUCUGGCCUAUCAACAGCUGAUUCUCCUUUUAACCCUUUCAAGGCCGAUUGUUGUACAGGUGACGUUUUAACCCUGUUCUUUCCGAUGAUGAGUUGGAAGAUUUGAAACAGAGACUUACUGCUUCACUUGUGCGGGAUUUUCAAGAUGGUAAAAAUUGUCAUUUUUACCAGAGAAUUUGCCAGUGAAAGUGUUAAAUGUUCAAAUUGGUUCCCCGGAGCUGUCGGAUGGUAUGUCGUGUGUGAUCUGGUUACUGAUUCAACCCACAGUUGCUAACGACCAUCUGGGAAAAAAGGUGCUAUCGAAAUCACUUAUCAUUUCUCAAAUGUACUGUGAACCUGAACACUCAUGCCAAUUUAUUUUUGCAAUUGACGAAGUUUUCUAAAAAAAGUUUUUUUAAAGAUUUUUUGGCAAACUAGAAAAUAUCAUUUGGGUUUGCUAUUCAAACAACAAAGUACUUAUGAUUAUUUACGUUGAUUAUUGUUAAAAUUCUAUAAUAUUUCUAAGAUGUAUUUGAAUUGUUAUAAUAUUUCAAAGAUAACUUAGAUUUAUAAUAAUAUUUCAAAGAUAUAAUUAUAGUGUGGUAUUCUCAUAUGAAAACACAGUGUACCACGGUGGAUUUAAUGGGGACUACGGGCAGGGGGAGGGGGUUACAUUGGCCAUCUUCCGCCGACUAAUAUGCAAAGUAAGGGCAUUAACUCAGGCUUGAUUCAGCACUAGAUAUACUAGUGUCCCUCGUACAAGCGUGAAUAGUUCGGACGUUCUGUUCAAUGUGAGAGACCCCUAUUGGCAACUUUGUGUAACUAUUUAUCUUGCCUACCUAGCAGAUGCCUAUAUAGUCCCGUUAAACCCUUUAAUCUUCAGAAGAGAUAAUUACCAGUGUGAUGCCUUCGUAGUGCCAUUGUUAAAAAUUUUGAAGAAAAAAAAAAAAUUUUGUUUUUAUUUGUAGCUUUGUUUCAUUUCGCUUAAAGAAUGAAUAGUUCUUUAUGGAU